CCCAGGACCCUGCAUUCACUAUAUAUCUGGUCUCCCCGGACCCUGCAUUCACUAUAUCUGGUCUCCCACAGACCCUGCAUUCACUAUAUCGGGUCUCCCACAGUACACAGAACAUGGAAAUACAAAUAUUUUAGUAAAUAUAAACUGCUAAAUACCUUUUCUCAACAGCAGUUAGAGCAGUCUUGUGACUUCUAUCAGUGUCUAGUAGAGCACAUGUUAAAACUUGUAGGAGGAGUUUUCAUUCUGCUC